AAAUUCUCUCGAAUAACAAAAAAAUCGAAAUUCGAGAAAAGCAAAAUCAACAUAACCCCUGACACAGGGGGGAGGACCAAGAAAUUGAUAACAAAAUGGUGAAACAUUCCCAGACGAGAUAAUCCAAUUUAUUAAUAUGGUCACUAGUGUCUUGUAUCCUCUGUUGUUUUGAGGCUAGUCUCACUUCAGUUGAAAAAAAAACGUGCGAUGAACAUUUCGCUCUACCAGUAAAUUUCAAUUGGAAAUAAUUCAACAAUGGAACAAGAGGGAUCACCGAGUACCUCUGGCACCGACAAUGAUGGCACAUCAAAAGUGAUGCCCGUGUCCCAGCCAGUACGUGCCAAGAGUUUGUUACGAGCAAACUUGGAGAUAUCACGCGGAGUAUUACAGAGCAGAAUGCCGAAUAUCAAGGUCUUUAGUGGUACAUCACACCCGGAUCUGGCCCAGAGGAUAGUGGACAGACUCGGCAUUGACACCGGAAAAGUUGUCACUAAGAAAUUCAGUAACCUAGAGACAUGUGUCGAGAUAGGCGAGUCAGUGAGGGGAGAAGACGUCUACAUUGUACAGAGUGGAAGUGGAGAGGUGAAUGACAAUCUGAUGGAGCUACUGAUCAUGAUAAACGCAUGUAAAAUAGCAUCAGCAUCGCGUGUCACAGCCGUCAUCCCCUGCUUCCCCUACGCCCGACAGGACAAGAAGGACAAGGGAGGUGAUGGUACUGAGAAGAAUGGCGCGAAAACAGUUGUGAUGAAGUCGAACGAGUGGAAAUUCAGGGACUUUGUGCCCGACCUGUCGACAAGUCGUGCACCAAUAUCAGCGAAACUUGUUGCCAAUAUGCUAUCAGUGGCAGGAGCUGAUCACAUUAUCACGAUGGAUCUCCAUGCCAGUCAAAUUCAGGGCUUCUUUGAUAUUCCUGUUGAUAAUUUGUUUGCUGAGCCAGCUGUUCUCAAGUGGAUCAAAGAGAAUAUUGCUGAGUGGCGAAACAGUAUCAUCGUGUCACCUGACGCUGGCGGCGCCAAGAGAGUAACUUCGAUCGCUGAUCGUCUCAACGUCGAAUUCGCCCUCAUCCACAAAGAGAGGAAGAAGGCCAAUGAGGUAGCCAGCAUGGUGCUCGUUGGAGACGUCAAGGACAGAGUGGCAAUUCUCGUGGAUGAUAUGGCAGACACGUGUGGGACGAUUUGUCAUGCUGCUGAGAAAUUACUCGAGGCAGGUGCUACUAAAGUCUAUGCUAUUCUCACUCACGGUAUCUUCAGUGGUCCAGCCAUCAGUAGGAUCAACAAUGCAUGCUUUGAGGCUGUAGUUGUCACCAACACCAUUCCCCAGGACGGACACAUGAAGGACUGUCCCAAGAUUCAGUGUAUCGACGUCUCGAUGAUGUUCGCUGAGGCAGUGAGAAGAACCCACAAUGGCGAAUCCGUAUCGUACCUGUUUUCAAACGUACCCUAUUGAGUUAAUUGAGAUCGUAUGAUCAACAACGUUAUGUAAGGAAACUCAAAUUGUAACCGUACGUUUAGCAGUUUUAUUGUUAUUCGCAUUUUAGGAUAAGACUAAGAAAAUUGUCCGCGUGAGCAUGACAUAAAAAUUUAAUAAAACAACAGUAAUGAUGCGUAAAAUCAACAAGAAAAAGGGAAAGCAAAUUCCACUGAUGGAUUGAAAUCGCGUCACGAGCUUUGAAAAAUUCCCACAGGCCAUAAUCCAUUUUUGUUCUUGUUUCAACAGACAUUACGUCAAUACAGCGAUUUGUUCCGAUAUUCAAGUCGUUAAAUACAUAUUUUUUUUUAACAAUUGGCUGUAGGGCUGAAGAAUCAGGUUGAAGCACCAGUACAUAAAAUCUAUGGAAAUUCACGUAAUUUUGGGUGAAUGGUGAGCAGAAAUUUAAAUGUCAAAAGAAAUGAAAUGAAUAUAAUGCAAUAAUGUCUGCAAUAAGCUUCGUCCAGUGUCUGCGAAUUGUAAUGGUCUGUUGAAAAAUUAAAAUAAAACUCAUGUGAUCAAAACUUGGGAGACUCUCUCCCAAAAGUGAAUAUAUUCAUAUUUUAGGUUCGAUUUCAAUGGUAAACCGAUUGAUUUACAAUCAUUUGUACAGUUGACAUAUUUUUUCAUGUAUUUUCACAUUUUAUUGAGCAUGUCAACUAUAAAAUAAAUAGGGAGAACAUUUUUUUAUAUGACAGAAACAAUUAUCUUUGCUUUGAUAUUAACGGAAUGCCAAUUGUAAUAUUAGAAUUGAUAAUGGACUUUACUAGAAUCAAUCAUUGCCAUAAUUUUGGGUUAUUCGAAUGCAUCAAAUCAUCGAAAACUCAGCAAUGAUAGAACGACAGUGUUCAUCAAAUUCUCCUGAGGUCUACAAAUUAAGAUAAUGAUUUGAAAAAUAAAAAAAUGAACUAUGUGAUCAUGAUUUGGGAAACAGUAUCCCAAAAGCGAAUAGAUUCGUCUUUUAAGAUUGAUUUCAUUGAUAAGCAGAUUUAUUUACAAUCACUUGUAUAGUUAACAUAUCUUUUCAUGUAUUUUCACAUCCUAUUCGGAAUGUUAACGAUAAAAUUAAUAGAGAGAACAUUUUUUUAUAUGACAAGCGAAAAAUUAUUCUGGAUUUGAUAUUAACUGAAUGCAAAUCAUAAUAUUAGGAAUAAUGAUGGGGAAACAUAUGGCUUAGGGAUAUCCUCGGGAUAUUCUCAAAUGAAGAGCAGGUCUCAGGCAAUUGGGUUGAUAAGACGACCAAGAAGGCAUAAUAGUUUCCCUAUUAAUUUAUUACACGGUAUAAAGUACAAAAAGCGAAUAUGCGUUGAAGAGUCUGAGAUUACAGUUGGUCGCAAUAUAAUCUGGAAAUAAAACUGAGAGAAAAUUCAUUUUGCUUUAUUGUUUUUUUUUUUCAAUUGAAAGCCGGCAGAGAGGGAGAGAGUGAGAGUAUUCCAAACUUAUCAACAGAAGCCCAAUUGAUUGAUUUGACAAAAUCUGCAAAGGCCGUGAUGAAAUUGUCGAAAACUCGAGUGGUAUAUUCAGCGGCAGGUACAAAAGAUUAAGACGAAUAUUCUCACGCUAUCUCACACUACAUCUAUUUUUAAUUAUCAUUGAGUAAACAAUUUGCUUUCUGCCACUCGCUGGUAUAAUCUCAUUGUCAAUCUUUUCUUAAGUGAAAAAUACGACAUUCUUGCCACUUAGAGACUAGAUAAUUUUCCUGUGCACGUGUCAGCACUUCUUUGAAGCUGUUGAGUUAUUUUGAAAUUGGAAAAUAAAUAAAAGGGUGCACUUGA